GAAUAAAAAUUCAUCUCCAUUGAAGCGUGAAUUCACAUAACGUGGGCUCCUGUGGAAUGGAUUGCUUGCGUGUCAGAAUUGGCAACUUUGCAUCUUAAUGCCGUCAAUUGGGUGUUCUUCUUGAAGCUUGUUUCUCCAUACGUUAUACUUUUCUCCGAAUUUCCGUUUGUCGCUGACACGAGAUUAUUUCUAUAGACGUGUCAUUCUUUUACAAGGUUAGAAGCAUGCGACAACUCACAUCUGCUUAAGAAAACAUAUAAAGCGGAAAAGAAAUGGCAUCUAAUAAGGCUGAUCACGUCAGUGGUGAUCAAUGGGAGAGCGAUCUGUUAUUGUCCACAGAAAACAAACACUACAGCAUAAUUGACGAAAAGGGUGAUCAUAGUACGAAUAAAUUGAACUCACAAGAUAUAAUGAAAAAAAUGAUUGCCAAGGAAUCCGAGUACAGUAUAGCAAAAUUAGAUUCUCAAUCAGUGACACGCACCUUGUCAUCGACAAUGAGCACAGAGGACAAUUAUGACGACAGCAAGAUAAAAAGCAUCGAAUUCUCUGAUAGUGAAGUUAUUUUUAUCGACGAAGAUUCCAAUAUCCAGAAUAAGGGAUGUAGUAUUGGCGACUCAAUAAGUGAACUACCAAAAAUAAGGGAGUAUGAUUCUACCAUUGAUGAGAGAUUGCCGGAAACUGUGACUUUGUUGACCACGCCGGAUGGAGGAAAGUUGUACCUAGUAGGAACGGCGCAUUUUAGUAUUGAAAGUCAAAAUGAUGUGUCAAAGGUCAUACAAGCUGUACAACCUCAUAUAGUUGUUGUUGAACUAUGCAGAGCCAGAGUUGGUAUACUUCAGCUUGACGAGGAAACUAUGUUUAAUUACGCUAAAAAUAUAGAUUACAAAACCAUUAUGGAUAUUAUAAAAAGGGAAGGAGUAUAUGAUGGUUUAUUACACAUUUUAUUGCUAAGAAUGGCAGCACAUGUCACCAAGCAACUUGGUAUGCCACCCGGUGGGGAAUUCCGGAGGGCAUUCAAAGAGGCAAAAAAAGUGCCAAAUUGUAUUGUUCAUUUGGCCGAUCGACCAAUUAACAUAACGAUGCAACGUACGUUACGAUCAUUAUCCUGGUGGCAGACCAUAAAACUAGGGUGGCAUCUGGUAGUAAUGAAAGAUCCUAUUACGCAAGACGACAUCGAAUUUUGUAAACAACGAUCGAUAUUGGACGAAAUGAUCGCUGCCAUGAAAGAGAAAUUCCCAGUGUUGGAAGAAGUGUUUGUGAAGGAGCGAGAUAUCUACUUGACGAAUUCUUUGCAGAUAGCCUGUCAACCUCAUUGUACCUUUAAUCAUGUUUUCGAACCGGCGCGAGUCGUAGGAAUCGUUGGUUUAGGGCACACAUCUGGCAUUAUUGCAAAUUGGGGUAAAAUUAAGCCUACUGAUAUACCACCUAUCAUGAGAAUACCACCACCAUCGUUGUCAGGUAAAAUCUUAAAGUUGACCAUUAAGAUAUCUAUACUUGGUGCUACAUUUUACAUAGGCUAUAAAGUUAUGACGGUAUCCGUUGCUACGUUAAAAUUUUUUAAGUCAUCGGUUGAGGGACUUUUUCAAAUUGAUGCCGCACGGUAG